GAAAACUUUAAAAUUGAUAUCACACCCUAAUUUGUGUUCUACAGGGAGGGGGAGAAAAAAAAAAACAGAGCUCAAAAACACACCGGGCUCUGCUUACACCAUGAGAAGGGGAGCUCUUGGCGGCGUCGUGGGCUCGCCCUACAUUCAGCGGGGGAUUUCGUGCUGUGUCUUAGCUCUUGCCGGAGGUCAUGCAAAUCGACCUUAAAAGAAUGCAUAAGCCAUAAAUUAAAAUAAACCCUGUAGCCACGGACUGAUCCGUAAGUAGACAACAAUACCUAACCUGGACAAAACGGCUUUCCUUGCCAGCUGGAAGAAAAGGAUAGCGCCUAAAGUAAUCGUAAAGCCUAUAAGCUGCUGUCUUGCUAUUUUCGUUUCUGAUGACAACUAUCACGGGACACUGCUAGAGCACAGAGACAGCCUGUGACGGGGCCAGAAGAAUGUCUUCCAAGCAGGCCACCUCUCCAUUUGCAUCUGAUGGAGAGGGAACAACAACCCAGGACUUAGCGUCACAGGAGCAGGAAGACGGCAAUAAUGAAGAGCUUGUCACUUCCCAUCUGCCUCUGCACACCAUAUUGCACAACAAACCUCACUCUGAAGAGCUACCAGCUCUAGUCACUACAAUCCAACAAGACUCAGACUGGAACAGUGUUAUCUCAACUCAGCAUAGGAUGGAGUCAGAAAGUAAUAAGUUAUGUUCCUUAUAUUCCUUCCGAAAUACUUCUACCUCACCACAUAAGCCUGAAGAAGGUGGUCGUGAUCGCAGCGAGCUAAUGACCAGUGUUAAUUUUGGAACUCCAGAACGCCGCAAAGGAAGUCUUGCCGAUGUGGUGGACACCUUGAAACAGAAGAAACUAGAGGAGAUGACGAGAACUGAACAGGAAGAUUCAUCUUGCAUGGAAAAACUUCUUUCUAAAGAUUGGAAGGAGAAAAUGGAAAGAUUAAACACAAGUGAACUCCUUGGAGAAAUAAAAGGUACACCUGAAAGCUUAGCAGAAAAAGAGCGACAGCUCUCCACCAUGAUUACCCAGCUCAUCAGCUUACGGGAGCAGCUUCUGGCUGCCCAUGAUGAGCAGAAAAAGCUGGCAGCAUCGCAAAUUGAAAAACAACGGCAGCAAAUGGAUCUCGCUCGCCAACAGCAAGAACAGAUUGCAAGACAACAGCAGCAACUUCUGCAGCAGCAGCACAAAAUCAAUCUCCUGCAGCAGCAAAUUCAGCAGGUUCAGGGUCACAUGCCUCCUCUCAUGAUCCCAAUUUUUCCACACGACCAGCGGACAUUGGCAGCAGCUGCAGCAGCCCAGCAAGGCUUCCUUUUCCCCCCAGGAAUAACUUAUAAGCCCGGUGAUAACUAUCCUGUGCAGUUCAUUCCAUCAACAAUGGCAGCUGCUGCUGCUUCUGGACUCAGCCCUUUACAGCUCCAGCAACUCUAUGCCGCUCAGUUGGCCAGCAUGCAGGUAUCGCCUGGCGCCAAGAUGCCUUCCACGCCUCAGCCGCCAAAUACGACAGGGACGCUCUCACCAACUGGGAUGAAAAAUGAAAAGAGAGGGACCAGCCCUAUAACUCAAGUUAAGGAUGAUGCUGCACAGCCACUGAAUCUCUCAGCUAGACCCAAGACAGCAGAACCUGUCAAAUCCCCAACAUCGCCAACCCAGAGCCUCUUUCCUACAAGUAAAACCAGUCCUGUGAAUGUGGCCAAUAAAAGUGGAAUCCCCAGUCCUAUUGGUGCGACUCUGGGAAGAGGAUCUUCUCUAGACAUCCUUUCCAGUCUUAACUCACCUGCCCUAUUUGGGGACCAGGACACUGUAAUGAAAGCAAUUCAGGAGGCUCGAAAGAUGAGAGAACAAAUCCAGCGGGAGCAGCAGCAGCAGCAGCCACAUAUUGAUGGGAAACUUCCCACCCUGAAUAAUAUGGGUCUAAACAACUGUAGGACUGAAAAGGAAAGAACACGCUUUGAGAAUUUAGGCCCACAGCUAUCAGGGAAACCCAGUGAAGAUGGAAAGCUAGGUCCAGGAGUCAUUGAUCUUACAAGGCCAGAAGAUGCAGAGGGAAGUAAAGCAAUGAAUGGCUCUGCAGCUAAACUACAGCAGUAUUAUUGUUGGCCAACAGGAGGUGCCACUGUGGCUGAAGCUCGAGUCUACAGAGAUGCCAGGGGCCGAAGCAGCAGUGAGCCGCAUAUCAAACGACCAAUGAAUGCUUUCAUGGUUUGGGCAAAGGACGAACGCAGGAAAAUUCUUCAAGCUUUUCCUGACAUGCACAACUCCAACAUUAGCAAAAUUCUUGGCUCCCGCUGGAAAUCCAUGUCAAACCAAGAGAAACAACCUUAUUAUGAAGAGCAAGCACGAUUAAGUAAAAUCCACUUAGAAAAAUACCCUAAUUACAAAUAUAAACCCCGACCAAAACGCACUUGCAUUGUUGAUGGCAAGAAACUGCGCAUUGGAGAAUAUAAACAGCUAAUGAGAUCUCGACGACAGGAGAUGAGGCAGUUUUUUACCGUAGGGCAACAGCCUCAGAUUCCAAUCGCCACAGGAACAGGAGUGGUCUAUCCUGGUGCUAUUACUAUGGCAACUGCUACACCAUCGCCUCAGAUGACAUCUGAUUGCUCCAGCACUUCUGCUAGUCCUGAGCCCAGCAUCCCUGUCAUUCAGAGCACUUAUAGCAUGAAGACGGACAGUGGGAGCCUUGCUGGAAAUGAAAUGAUAAAUGGGGAAGAUGAGAUGGAAAUGUAUGAGGACUUUGAGGAUGACCCCAAAUCAGACUAUAGCAGUGAAAAUGAAGCCCACGAGGCUGUCACUGCCAACUGAGGAUGUUUGCUGAAUUACUCUGACUUUGUUUUGUUUUGUUUUGAACAAAAAGUUCUUAAAUGAGCCUGCAUGCAUGUAUGGCUCCUACAGUUACAUCUGCAGAAUGGUCUUAAAUGUUUCUUAUUGUGUGACACAGAUUGUUCACUAAUUUUCAUGAACUUUUUUUAAAAAUUUAGGUGAAGACAUUAAGUAUCAGACAUUGGGACUUGAAAACUGAUAUGAAUCAAUUGUUCUCUUACAAGUCUUAUCUCUCUUUUGUUGUCUAUUCUUUCCUCUUCCUGGAUGCUGAUAAAAAGGUUUAAGUUACUGUUUUAAUGGGGGUUUUACAUUCUCACUCAGGUAUGCUGUGCCAGCCUACAGAUUGUGAAUGUGUUUUUAUUCUGAAUUAUUUUAAAAAAACAAAAGAAAAAAACCUGCAAAUUUCCUAUCAUGAAACAGAAUAAGUCCUCAAACGUGUACAUCUAUCUGUAUUAGCUCAUCUUUUUAAAAAUAAGGUCUCUAAAUUCCUUUUUUUUUCUCUCCAUAGCUAUAGCUGACCUUCUGGUGUGCCAAACUUUCCUAACUUCUGAAUCUUAAUAUUUAAAAAAGUCUUAAGGGAGACACUGUAAAGUCUUAGACAAUCCUUUGGCAUCUUAAAAGUACUUAUGUAUCUUAAAAGAAAAACCUACUUUUUCCAGAAAAUUGUAAAAUACUCAGGAAUCUGGAGACAGGAUAUUCCUUAAACAGUGAAUAUGAUUGCUACGAUGCACUUGCUCAGUUGCUUCUGCCUCUUGAUGUACCAUCAGUGUGAAAUAUAAGUAAGCACAACAGAGUGAUCACCAGCUACAGACAGGCCUGUCUUAGCAACAUAAGGCCACCUUCAAAUCAUUCUCUGUCCCUUUGCUUUGAAUUCUUAUAUUCAGUCUUAAUUACAUUUGGUCUUAAUGUAUUCAUUCCAGAAUGUCAGGGGGCCAUAUAGUAAAAAAAUAUUUUCAAAUGUACUGUUGUAAUGGCAUUAUCGUUUGUUUGCCUUUAUUUCUUCUAAAGAGCCCUUUCCCCUGAAAGUGUGUGGUAUCUUAAAAAUAAUGAGGCACUUAAUAUUGGAAAGGAAUCAUUCUCUCUUUCUCUCUCUGUCUCUCUCUGUCUCACACACAUGAGGAAAUAUGUUUCUACAUGUCAAAAACACUUGGAAAAAUGCUGUUAUUAGCAGAACAGUAUCAUAUACAGGACAGUAUACAAUAUUCACCUAUUAUGCUGUUUCUUUUUAGGAUAAUUUGUGGGGCUUCCCUAAAGUAGUUCUGUUUUCCAAUCUUGAGUUAUUGUAUGUUGUCAGACAACACUUUGUAUAUUCCCCACCCAGUAUGCCUGAUGCUAGUUGUAGCCUAACACAGUAUCAGGUGCAAGGUUUAAAACUAUUUGUUAAGUUUAUGUAUUAGAUUAUCUUAAUCUUUGUCUAGUACAUAGACAGCGUAGAAAUCCAACUUAGUCUUCCUCAUUCUUGGAGAUGUAAAGUGCUGCCACAGUUUAGGAAUCUCCAUAUUGCCAUUCCCAUAGUCAACCUUUGUUAAUAUGUGAACUUAUGAUAUUAUAGAAAUUUUAAAUCUCUCAGAUAAACUGUGUUGAAUAUUAAUCCUGGAGAACUAAAAAGGAUGCAAUGAUCAUCCUUGUACUUACAAUUUUACUUUACUCGUUUAGAUGCAUAUGCUUAGCACAUCAGAAAGUAUUUGAAGCUUUUCAGUACUUUAUGUUAUCUGCCAUAUAAGAAAAGCAAAACAGAACAACACACAGUUGUAUCCCAAGAUCAGUAUUUGUGAAUUAUGCUGGGUCCUUUAGAUCAAAACUGCUGUAGAAAUUUAAAUUCUUAUUUAUUUCAGUGCUAAUAUAUAGUUUUAUUAUACAUAAUAUUGAUUUCUAAGGAGCCAAGAGCAAGGCAAAAUAAAGCAUUCCCAAAUUCAUCAUCCAGCUCUUGGUGGAUGUCAGUAUUUAACACUGAAAUUUGAAAUUGAUCAAUUUAAUGUAUUUCAGUGUUCAAAACCUGGUUAGUGACUUAUAAAUAAACUCUUAAAGAGUUUUCACCAGCUCCUAAGGUGGAAGCCAUUAAUAUGCUUUGAUUUGAAGUUCUUUCUAGAGUAAAGAACAUAAAUGCUCUCUUCCUUAUAUCUUACCAUCAAUAGUUACAAUUAUUUCAAAGUGG